AUGUCAACGCAGUAUCUUCAACGGCACUUUUCCCGAAAUCGCUUGCACAAGCUGGUUGAAAAUAAACCGGUGCUUUUAGUGUCGUAUUUCUGGUCUUGCUUAGCCGCCCCGAGCGUCAAUCAGUCAGGGACAACUAGUCAGAAAAACCAGACUAUGCCUGACAAAAGAAAACAAAAACUGGCUCGACUAAAAAACUGGAUUAGCAGUGAGUUACAAUGGACGGGCCUAUUUUACGACAACGACGAACAAAUCACCGACGAGCUAUGGAAAAUGAAGUAUCCCGAAAUUUCCGAAAUCUCGCCAGACACAAAAACUGAAAUUAUACGAACAGCGGCGAAAUGUAACAUAUCGCCAUCAGUAUGGUCAAAAUUGCUGAAUUGGAUGAAACCAAGCGCUACGUCACUGCUGCUUCCUGAAAUAGUUCAAAGCCACUUUCAAAAUGCUCCAAAAAUUGCAGGAAUGAUUGUAAAAAAACAUUGGUUCCCGGAAGAAAAAUUUUCUUCGUUUCAUCUGGCAGCCUUUAAUGAAGGAAACUACGCGGAUCAAAUAAUGCAAACGUUAUUUGAUAACAAAAGAAUUCUAACCGUGACCGAAGAUGGACUUACUCCAGCUCACAUCGCAGCCCAAAAUGAGUCGAAUUGCGGAGGUAGUCUGUUGAAAGUUCUCCUGAAUAACGGAGCGGACCCAAACGCUCUUUUUCAAAACGGAACCACACCCGUCCACUGGGCAGCCAUAAAUCAAGGGAAACACGCAGUCGAAAUUCUAAAACUCUUACUCGAUCGCGAUGGCGAUAGCAAUAAGGUCGAUAAAAAUGGUUUCAAGCCAAUUCAUUAUGCAACCAUGAAUACCAGCGAUUCAGCGCCUAAACUAUUAGACUUGCUCCUCCAAAAACGAGAUGCCAGCAUCAUCGAAAGCACUGGAAGGACAUUACUUCACUUGGCAAUGUUAAACAAUGGAGACUAUGCCGAAGAAAUCGUCCUAAAAUUGCUAAAAAAUGGAGAAAAUGCCAAUAGCACUGAUAAUGAAAAGUGCACCCCUCUUCAUCUAGCAGUAAGAAACCAUAAAAUUCAUAAGCUUGAAUUGAUGCGAAUGUUAUUACACAACAGCAGCGAUCCGAAUGCUGCUGACCAAUCAGGACUGACACCUGUUCACUACGCAGCGGCUAGUGAAAACGAAUAUGCCCACGAAAAACUAAAACUUUUGUUAACCUAUAAGGGAAAUUUGACUAUUCAAGACAAAGACGGAUUCACUCCUAUUCAUUAUGCCAUCAUCAAUAAAGGCAAAUGUGGGAACGAAAUGAGAAAACUAGUAGGCGUCAACCCGGAAAAGGCAAACGCACGCCUCAACACCAAUGGUGAAACGCUUCUUCAUCGCCUUGUCAGUAAAAAUGAUGGUCAUCUGAAACUUGUUGAAAUGGUAAUCCAAAACGGAGGCGAUCCCAACGCAACAGACAAGUUUGGACGGUCACCUGUUCAUGCAGUCGUCAUCUUAAACGAAUCAUUUGCGGGACUAGAAAUGUUGAGGCUGCUGCUUGCAAAUGGAGGAAACGUUAACCUACAGGACAAGGAAAAACAAUUUACGCCUGUUCACUAUGUGUCAUCUAGCUUGAGAGGUAGGUUAUCUGAAAAGAUGGAAAUUCUCCUGGGCCACGGCGGAGAUGCAAACAAGCAGGGCAAUGACGGGAUCACGCCCCUACACUUAGCGGUUGCAAACUCGGGAAUUUACGCACCUCAACUGACAAGAAUGUUACUCAACCUUAAAGCUAAUCCGAAUGCUAUGGAUGCCCAAAAGCGAACACCUUUACAUGAAGCAAUCGGAAAUGUGAACGAUGACAUUAGGUUUGACGCUAUCCAGCAACUCGUCGAAAAAGGGGCAAAUCCGAACGCUCGCGACAGCAACGGAUUGACACCGUUGCACUACGCCGUUCAAAGUAGAAGACGUGAUUCGGCCAAAGUGGUGGAGUUUCUGUUAGAACACGAGGGAGACAUGAACAUCGCAGACAAUGAAGGUAUGACGCCACACCGGCUUGCCAAAUACUGCCUGCCCGAGUGCUUGCCUUUCGAAAAAGAAAGCCUUUCUAAAUAA